AUGGAAACGCCAAGAUUGGAAGGUGGAAGAAUUAAUUUGGAUGCCCCACGUUAUGACCAAUCAACGUUUCUUGGACGUGCUAAACACUUUUUCACAGUUACUGACCCAAAGAAUAUUUUGCGUUCAGCGAAAGAACUUGAUGAUGCAAAAGAACUUCUUCUAAAGUACAGGUAAGGAACCAAUUGUCCUGGGAAGUACCAAGUUCAAUUUAGCUGAUUGAUUUUGCCUUACAGUUACAUUAAAAAAAGAUAUGAUACUUAAAAAACAUGAAUGAGGCAAGGUAGCCAGUGGGUCUCUAUACGGGCCCAAGUGGCCCAUGGGGCCAGUGCUUAACUCAGGUUUUAAGGUAGCCAGUGGAAGCCAGUAAAUCUCUUAUAAUGGACUCCCCUGUAAUAAUUCUUUACUAGUAUUACAAUUUGAAAUACCAAUUUUGUGAUUGUAAGGCUAUCUAUCAUAUGUACUUUUUGACUUUGUCGAAGGGCUUAAAGGGAAAAUAUCUGGCUCAGGCUUUUAACAAAGAGAUCUGCUGCAAAAUAUUGUCUUAUUCAACUCAAACUGACUCACUCAUUAAGCGUUUUAUAGAAGGAUGGAGUUUCUUUCUCCUUCUUCCUUUCUUCUUUCACACAGCUGUAGGGUUUUUUCUGGUUCUGCUUGCUUCAUUGGGUAUGCCCACCAUGCAGGGAUUUUAAGAAGUGUUCUUCAAUAGAAAUGCACAUGGGUUUUAUGGGACAUAUGAUAAAUAUUAUCCUUACCCAUAUAAGGUUGUGAUCUUAAGCUUAGGUUAAAAAAGUGAAAAAGACAAAGAAAGGGAACAAGAAGGGAAGAUAGACGAACACUCAGACACACUUCAAAGAAUAAGGAUUGCAUUUGUGUAAUUGUUUUUUUUGUUUCAGAGCUUAUUUGCAAAUAUUUUAAUUAAUAUGUUUCUUGUUUCCUACUGCUGUGAGUUCUUUUUGUUCAGCCAAUAUGAUUCAAUAGCAUUACAGUGUUAGAUUUAGGUUAUCAAAUAAGAAAGGCACUAAAUUUUACACUUAUUACUAGUUACUCAUCAAUUUUUGCAGGCAGAAAAAAGAACCUGCUGGAACUACUGAUGCUCAAAUAUGGACUGCUAAGAAAGUCUAUGAGUCAGCUUUCCAUCCUGAUACAGGAGAUAAAAUGUUCAUUAUUGGACGAAUGUCAGCACAAGUACCAAUGAAUAUGUCAAUAUGUGGUUGUAUGUUGACAUUUUACAAGUUAGUAUCUCAUGUUGUAUUUCAUAUCUUAGUGUAACCAGUAUUAAUAGGGCACACAAUAUAUCAUAUAAUAAACACAAUAUAUUUAACUCCCAAGAUCUCAUUAGUAAUUCUCCUUACUAUCUCCCAUACAGUUCUUGUGGUGUUAGUUUGGAGAAUAUGGUAUUGCAUCGUUUUAUAAUCCCCUGACUGAUAUCUUUCUUUAUUCUCAUAACUUGUCUGCUUGAUAUUAUUUUGAUAUUGUAAGGAGAAAUUCUGUCUUGGUGACUCAUUGGAGUUAAAGGGUUAAACUCUUAGCAGAAAUGGGUGAAAAAUCAGUAACAUUUUGAAUCUGGUAGUUUCAGUUUAAAUCUAUUGUAAUAAUGUUAUGAAACUUUGGUGGAGCUCUAAAUUUUCAGAAUGUCUGAAAUCAUGAUUAAUGAAUUUUUUUUCAGGAGCACGUCAGCUGUUCUCUUCUGGCAGUGGAUCAAUCAGUCAUUUAAUGCAGUAGUGAACUACACAAACCGGAGCGGCGACUCACUAAUAACAAAUGAGUAAGAUUAUAUCUUGGUUCUUUGACAAUUUAUUGCAUGUGUUUGUAGAAUAUCUAUAUUUUAGUAUAAUUGUUCAGGUGAUUAUGGAGAUGUGUAUGCUCUGAUUGGCUGAGGAUUGCAUCAUAUCUUGCUAUUUUCAUUUCUCGUCAUAUUCCAUAUUUAAGGUGGCUGCAUUGCAUUUUGUCAAUGUGUCUGAGGAAGUGAUAAACAAAAUUUAGUUGAGAAGAGCACAAAAGAUGCUACUGAGAUUGAUGGAACACUUUUCAAAAGAAAGUUAUUAAGUUUUUACUGAUUUCAUUGAAUAAACCUGGUAAAACUUCUUGCUUAUAGUGAUACAAAUUAUCACUGCAAUUAUAUAAACUAUGCACAGUGCUUUCCUAAAGACCCCUGUAUUUUUAAGUUUAAGGGAAGCUUUUUUCAGACAGUUUAUUAAGUCAUGGUGUUGUUAACCACAACAAACAUACAUCUUAAUGGUAGAGGAAAAAAAAGAGAUCAAAAUGAGUUUUGACACUAAUAUUUUAUGUUGAAGUGAAAUUCCUUCUCCAUGUGACAAUUCCUUUAUAGACCUAACUAAAUUGUUCAGUCACUUUGCAUGGCUGUGUGGCCUUGUUUGUUUGUAUUUUUGUUUGGUUCAGUCCUUUUUGGUGUCUCAUAAUCUGUUUUAAAUGUUAAGUAUUUAAAGUGUAUACUAAAACGGUGGAUAACAUUGAAGGCAUGCUCUGAUUGGCUAAUCAUACUCUGAAUACCUUUUGCUAUUCACCUCCUAGGAAUGCAAUGGGAUUUGCACCCAAACAUAUUGUAAUUGUUGAACGAAUAAAUAAGUUAAAAUCAUCUUUUUGUGCUAUCUCUGUCUCACUGUCGUAGUAUUAACAAUAAAAUAACUAUUCAGAACUACUAACCACUAAUUACCAUCAAUGAAUAUUAUGUUACUUUGAAUGAUAUUAAUAACUAUUAAUUCCUUUGACACAGACAGUUGGGAAUGGGAUAUGCAUUUGCCACAACAGGAGCUGUUGCUGUUGCCUUGGGAUUAAACCACUUGACUAAGGUGAAGUGCAGUCCCUUUUGCAUAUUCAAUAGGCUAGCAGUAAACAUGUUUCGAUAACUCAGUUAUUAGACAGGCCAGGCAAUGGUCAACCAUGGACUUAUAGAAGUUUUUGGUCCAACUGUAGAUCUAGAAGUUUGUUGGGUGCCCAGUGGACAGAAGCCUAAAUGAAAUAUAUUAUUUCAUGAGUCUGCUGCUGUGUUUUGGUUAAUCAAUUGACGAAAAGUUAUCUGUUAUCUGCACUUUGUAAUACCGUCAACAACCCACAUGAUUUUUGCGAGAAGGGCACUGAUUUGUUCCCAUAAUCCAAUAACUCCAAAGGAUUAAUGGUGAUGGAUGAAGUUCAAACUUUAUUGUCUAUUAUAAGUCUAUUUGGGAUAACCAUUAAUUUUGAUUGGUUAAUUUUACAGUCAGCUCCACCUUUGAUUGGUAGAUUUGUUCCAUUUGCUGCUGUUGCUGCGGCAAACUGUGUGAACAUUCCUCUUAUGCGACAAACGUAUGUGGACUCUCCUUGCUAACUAUUAGUAUAAAAAUUAGGUAAUAACGUGAUUUCAAGUGAUAUUUGGUGUUAAUAAGCAAGAGUAAAUUUUUCCUAGACAACAAAAUUGCAUGACCUAGUAGGGCAAGUGCAAUUUGUAGUCUGAAAAAUUAACAAGUGCUUAUUACACCAAAUUGCAAGAGAAAUCAUGUUAUUAUUUGUUGAUAAGGCACAUGAAAAAACAUCACAGAAAGUCAAGAAGGAUGUGCAUGCUAAAUGCACUCAUUUUCAGUCAAUCAGAAGGGUGUAAUUUCUUCAUGUUUAUUAUUAAGUUUUAAAUAAUUGUUUUAAGUGCAUAUCUUUUACAUAACAGUAAAAUAGGUUUGAUUUUUUUUACAUGGUACAAAUACAAUUGCUUCAAAGGAGCACUAACUUGUCCUUUUUUAGUAUGAUUAUUGCAUCAACAGAAUGAAAAUCUUGAUUUAUCCUAGAUUUGAUUGAUCUUCCUUUAUUUGCAUGGGACUUGAAAUCCUGGAUCUUACAUUUUUCUCUUCAUCAGUUAGCUGUUUUACUUUGAAGUAGAAAAGAGUUUGAUUAAUUUUAUACUUGUCUUUCUUUAAUUAAAGUAAGUAAUUUGUUUCUGGUUGCAGGGAGUUAUUGAGGGGAAUUCCUGUAACUGAUGAAGAUGGAAACAGAAUUGGAGAAUCAAAGGUGAGCAUUUUCUUCAAUUGCAGUUUCUUUUUUCAGAUUAUACUAACUUAAUAUAGAAGUCAUUAUUUUUCCUUUUGUCCAUCCUCUACUCCCCUCCCCCUUCAAAAAAAAUUGCUCAGCUUCCCACAAAUUUUCAUUCUACUCCCGCGCAUUUUUAAAUAACAAUUUUUGUUAUUUCACCAGCCAGCUCAGAAUUUACCUCCUUUCUUACUCUCUAUAAUGUAAAAAGAUGUUUCACUCUGUAUCGCACCUUGUCUACGCCUUAAUUAAAUCUCGCUGGCCCAGAAACUGCUUGAGUUGAUGGAAAAUAGCCAAGAUUUGCUGACAGACAACCAGUAGUCUGCCAUGGAGAACUGUUCUUCACUUUUACUCAGACAGCUUGACCUCCCAUCAUUUAUUUUCAGUUCAACAUAUUGCACCAAAUUUGUAUAAACUCUGCCAGCUCAACCAUUGCAUUUUUAUCUGCUCUUUUCACAUUUCAGGCUGCAGCACGGAAAGCCAUAGGAAGUGUCGUGUUUUCCAGAAUAGUUAUGGCAUCUCCUGGAAUGUGUAAGCUUACUAUAAUGAGUUUUUUCUAUGGUUCAUAAUAUGUAAUUUAAUGUUAGACAUUGUCAUAAUAUUAUUUAAUACUACUUAAGUUAGCCAACAGACCUUUAACAUGUAAAUUAUUAAGGAUUACUUGCACCGCACAUAUUUUCUACAUUAGUCAAUGGUAUACUACAUUAUUGUAUCAGAGUUUUUUGGGAUGCUUUAGUGACUGGCAAUAUUGCUGAAUCUAUGAGAUUUUUAUUAACUUACAAUUAUUAGAUUGACCACCACAAAAGUGGAGAAGAUGUUUUAGCUUGCCAUGGUGUUGGUUUCAUGUGCAAUGUAAUUUGAGAUGUCCAGCAGUAGAGCUGUUAAAACAAGCUGAACAAGACACACAAAACUACUAGAUAAAGGCAAGCCAAGAUGCUCUGAGUGCUUGUUAGUUUUCUUCAUUGGGCUACUGCCAUUUGACUAUGAUAAGGGUCCUUUUGGCAGGCUUGUAGUGGAUGUGUUUGUAAACUUGCAGUAAACCGAUUAACAGUAUUUUAACAUUUUGCAUCUUUUACUUUCAGCUAUCCCACCAAUUAUAAUGAACUAUCUAGAUACAAAGCCAUUUAUGAAGGUAAGCUUUGGUUAAACAAGUUUGUCUUAAGCUAUUUCUUUUUCUCUAACCCAGCUUUGCUAAAUUUAAAAUUUUUGUCAUUUUUAUGGACUGAAAUAGGUUCAAAUGUACUUGUAAAUGUUAAGUAACUGAAUAGUUCAACAAAGAGAUGAUUGGAUAGUGAAAUAAACUUAUGAAUGAUGAAGUGAAUAAAUAUUAAUAUUUGUUGAUUUGAUUAUAAUUGCUGACAAAAUACAGGUAAUAUACAUUGAUGGCUUCUUGACUGCGCCUCUCAAGAGAGUGGUGUUUGUUUUUCAUUAAGUAAUGUUUGAAUAUGAUAUAUAAAAAUUCUGUCUUUGUUAUAAUCUUAGCGGUGGCCAAUUUUAGCUUCUCCAAUUCAAGUUGGAUUAGUGGGAUUGUGGUAAGUAUGAUACAUACAGAAAACCAUACCUUAAGAGCAUGAUACAGCAUUCAAAAGUUUUGAUAUUAUAUUCGCUUGAAAAGGAUUCAAAGAAAAAGACAGUGGAGUAUAACUUGUUACUAAUGAUUAGUGAACAAGAGCAAUAUCAGCCUCUUGAAAUUGCUAAAAAAAAAUAAAAGAACCAGUACUUCAUGAAGAAUAAUGGAUUCAAAGCAUCACACUGGCUUUUGAGGUUAUGGGUGCAAGGUAGUUUUGGGAAUUCUUUUGCGGUUUAUUUCCUGUAAUUGUCAGGGUAGCUGUGAAUGUAGUGAUCACAAAAGCUGAGUAAAAGAACUGAAUGCAAGAACUACUCUGACUUGCAUUUGUCAUUGAUAAUUACAUAGAGAUUAUUCCAUGGAAAGUAUGCAUGAACAAUUUUUAUUCACAAGUUGCAAUGCGUCAGCAAAAUAAACAAGUGAGUGAAGCAAAUAAGUGAGUUUGUGAUCCAUCGCAACAAGAGCCAAAAAAAUCAUUCAAGCACUUUCCACAGUAUGAUGUUUUUAUUUCAUACAAACUGAGAUUUUAUCUUACUGACCAAAACAUUUCAAAGAUGGGAGGCGAAAGACUAACUGUAAAAGAACAUUUUUCAUUCAGUCAGAGACAUGAAUGAUAGUACUUCUUGGUGUAAAUCUCAGUUUGUUUGAAAUAAAAUCUUUUUUUGGGACUUAUAGCACUUUUUCUUUUAUUCUUUUAAGCUUGGUGUUUGCAACUCCCCUGUGUUGUGCAAUCUUUCCACAAAAGAGGUUAGUACACUGUAUUAUAGGCUGGGAUACUUUCCAGUUUAAUUUUCUGAAGUUGAAAAUGCCAAAGCAUUGUAGUUGAAAUUGUGCAGGACUCCUAUUAAAACCAUUUAUUCAGCUUUUACCCUAAUCAGCAAGUGUGAAGUGGGUGAUUAAUGAGCAACAUAUUAUGCAAACUUUGACCAAAAAUAUGCAAAUAGAAAAUCAGUAAACAGCUUUUAGACUGUUUUUUCCAAUUGUCAGCAUUCAUUAAUGCUGUGAUUUGUCAAAUGUCCCUAUGAAAACUGGCAAUAAUGAAAGUUGUCAGAUCCCUCAUUUAAUCUUUGUAGGAAUUUACUACUUUAGAGUUAGUGGUGAAAUCAUAAAUACCAAGGCUAUCGUGGUUUACACCAAGUGUUUGGUUCACAGAUUACAUGAAGAAUGCCUCAUCAAAAUCACAUUUUUCAAAAGAUGAAAUCCACAAAUUAUGCACCACAAAAUACUACUGUGCGACCCUUUCCUCUUAAUGGGGAGCAAGAGGUUAUGGGAGAUAAAUUUAGGAUGGAAAGAGAUACAUGUAGGAGUGACUACAGUGUAUUGUCUUGAACUGUAGGAGAAGAACAGUAAAAAAAAAACAAAUAAAUUGAGCAAUUGUGAUUAAUUUCCAGCUAUAAAACCAGUUGUUUUUUGCCUUUCCACCUUGCAGCUCUAUAGCAGUCUCAAAACUUGAACCUGAACUUCAAGAAAUCAUCAAACAAAGAGGAGGAACUCCACUGAAAUAUGUGUACUUCAACAAGGGACUUUGAAUCAUGAUGUUACUAUUAAUUUAUUAAGAGGAAUUGAUCAGAAUUUACCGGUAUGUGGAAUUGUUGUGUGCAUCUUAUAGCAUGCUAAAAAUUUUUUUAAUCACCCAGUGUAUCAAGUGAAUUUUGGUAUACUUUCUGUAAGGUUCAAUUGCAAUAAACUUUAAAUCAACUACAUCAGAGGUAUGUUGAAGUGAGCAUAUAAUUUUUAUCUCCACCUAAAUUGCAAGUUUCCAAAGAGUUGCCUGGUAACCUUUUGAAAAUUGUGUCUGACUGUUUUAAAAUUUGGGCUGUUGGUGGCCCCAUUUGACAUCUUGUCCAGCAAUGAAUUUUCAUCCACACAAUGUGGUUUUGGUCACUCAGGUUGGACUCCUCAGUGCCAUGUCAUUGUGGCCAGGUUACCAAAGUUUUUUUCUUCAAAGUGAUAUAUUCCAUAAUUAAAUUUUUUUCUCAUUUGAAGACAACUAACAACAGGUUUUGCAACUCUUUGGAAUCUCAAACAAGGAGUAAUAGUAAAUUUUAUGAAAUGUUUUAGAUGGUAGAAAUAGAAAACAUAUUUUUCUGCAGCAUACAUAUUCAAUAAUUCAUAUCUUAAUUUGUGAAUUUUUCACUUCAUGAAUUCAUCCUAUUUAAGUCACAAAGAUAAGUUAUCAGAAGAAAUAAGAUAUUUUUCAUGGUCUUGAUCUCAAGCAUUGGGAAUUUAUGCAAUGUUACAUAGGAUUUUCUAAAUUUUUGAGGGAAUUUAACCCUGUAACUCCCAAGAUCUAAUUGUUAAUUCUCCUCUCCAGCUGCUACACAUUUCCUUGUUGAUUAGUUACAAGAAUUUGGUGUUAGAUCAAGAUAACAACUUCUAACUGAUAAGUUUGAGUACUCUUAUUACCUGUUUGCUGAACAGUGUGUGGAUAUUAUAGGGAGAAGUUACAUGUUAAUCGCUUUUGGGGGCUUAAUGGUUAAGCAUACGUGAAUGUGUGUUCAAGUUAAUAAAAAUAUGGGAGUUAAAAUUUUAUAUACUAUAAAUGGUGGUGAGUGGCAGUUUUUUAUAUUAUCAAUGGUAAUUCAGUUUCAUUCGUGGAAUUUGGUUUUUUGCAAUUAUUAACAUCAUAAAGAACCAGGACUUUAAAUUAAUUGUGUCAAAAAAAUAUGCACUGGUAUCCUUUAUGUAACAAACAUGAUAACAUUUUAAAGGAGGUCAAUUUCUGAAUAAACCAUGGUGCUUUGCCAGUGGGAGGGUAUAACAGGGUAAUUUGGUAUUAUCAACAUUAUCAACUGAGUCAAGAAAAAAAAUUGGCCUUUGUAAAGAGUUUCUUUAUGGUGGAGAGGGUUUUGAAACUCUUUACAGUGGCCAAUUUAUGUUAACUCAGUUGAUAAUAGCAAAUUAACUGUUAAUCAUGUUCAUAAUUAUGGAAUUUUCCAGAACUGC